AUGUCGAUUUUUAACAAAGCCAGUGCAAGUGCUUUAUCAAAAACAACUCGUAAUAUUAUUGCUAGAAGUAAUGGUUUAAAAAAAGGAUUGAAUACAAGAGUCGCGUUGUAUACAAGUUUAUUUUCUGGCUAUGAUCCAUUUGGUUCUCAAAAUGUUUCUUCAGAGACAAAAUCAAGUGCAACAUUUCAAGAUAAUGACGUAGUCUCUCCAACAAGCGAUCCUUUUAGUGCUCCACAAGAUGCUUUUUCGGGUAAUUCUUAUGAAUCAGCUAGACAAUACAAAAGAACAAAAUUUGUAGAACCGGAUUAUAUAGAUUUAACACAAGGAGCUUCCAACUCUAAGGAUUACUCUAAAAAUUUUGGUAAUUUUCCAUCAGCUCAACCACAUCCUUCAUAUAAGAACAACAAUUUUAUCAGUUCAAAAUCAUCACAACCGCGUGAGGAAUUUACUAAAGAUAAAAUCAGAUCAUUUGACAAACCGAACCUAUCAGAAAAUGCUAUCAUACCCGGUCAGACACCUAUAUUAUUAGAAAAUCAGAAAAUUAUUGACGCGAUAGAUGAACAUGGUGAAAAUUGGGAACAAAUUUCAAAGGAAGUAUAUAAUCAUGAAAUUAAUCCUGAUGAAUUGGAAAGGAUAUGGGCUAAGAUUUCGAAUUUUAAAAUUAAAUCUAAUAAACUUCCAUCAUCGCAAUCGUCAAAAAGUUCGGUAUAUCCGUUUUGGACGACAAAAGAAUGUUUUAAACUUAUCGAUGCAGUGAAAGUUUAUGGUGAAGAUUGGCAAAAAAUUUCGGUUGAAUGUUUCCAAGGUGUUCGAUCCUCAUUCUCAUUAGAAAAGAAAUGGGAAAAAAUGUGGUUUCCAAAUGAAAAAAACGUGCCAAAUCAAUGGAAUCGUGAAGAUGUUGAGAAAUUAAAGCAUGCCGUUAAUCAGCAUGGAGAAAAUUGGGAGUUGAUUUCUCGUGACGUUUUUAAUGGUUAUAAGAAAAAAAAUGGGUUGUUAUGGAAAUGGAAUUUAAUCAAAGAUCAAAAUCAAGGUGACAUUACUAAGAAAGAAAGACCAUUAAAAUCUACACAAGGGAUAAUGGAUAAAGAUCAAUUGGCUCGAAAAUUGGGUAGAAAUCUCAAUUUACAUUGUUCGAGUCUUGUAGAAUUAUUUGGACAGCGAGCUAUAUCAAUCGAAACAUAUUUUAAUGAGUCUUCAGGAUUCCCUUGGACUGUAGAAGAAAAUACUACACUUUUUGGUGCCAUAAAAGAAUUUGGUACUAAAAAUUGGGAAAAAAUUUCAGAGCGUCUGCCAGGAAAAUCAUUGAAAAAUAUUCAAGAGAGAUGUUCUAGCACUUUAUGGGAACCACGGGAAGUGGAAGCAUUUGAUAAAGCUUAUGAGCUACAUGGUAUUGAUUGGAAUAAGAUUAGUGGGCUUGUUGGUACAAGAACUCCUGGUCAAUGUUGGUCAUAUUGGAGGAUUACUACCGGUAAUGAUCUAUUGAAAUCUCACUCAGGAAAUCGUAAACCUGGAUUUUACCAUGCAAAUAUUUUCGUUCAAUUUUCAAACAAAGAAACUUCACAGAUGUCUUUUAUACGUCAUAAUAUUGAAGGAGAUUUCAGUCCUGAAUGA